ACUGUACAACCAUGUAAACGAUUCAAGCCUGAAUCGCCAGGAGAAGCUCGAAAAAAUAGCAUAACAACGGAUUAUUUGGAACCUCCCACUGAUGGCUCUUGCUACGUUGAUCGUUUGCCCGACGAAAUAGUUCUUAAGGUUUUCUCGAAUUUAUAUGAGGCAGACCUGGCUCGUUGCGCCGGAGUGUCCGGUAGAUUUUAUCGGAUAUCUAAUGAUGUUAAUUUAUGGAAAACAUUGUAUCAAGGCGCAUUCGAAUAUACAGUACCCAUGUACCAUCCAACUCACGGGAAGUUCGAGUUACGAGAACCACAUAAGUGGCGAGGUACCUUGAACCCGUGGAAGGAAAGUUUUCGACAGCUGUGUGCUCGUUGCAGAUUUCUUGAUGCUGAACCAGAACGUGAGAAGUUGAUUCUUCUGCAUACUGGGCAUUACUUCCCGGAUACCCUACUUCUAGGCUCUCAAUGUCCGAUCAAUAAAGCAGUUGUGGUUGAACAGCGAGACGAUACGACGAUAACUCUCGUAGAGGGAUCGACUGGCGCGUAUAUCGGAUACUUAACCCUACGAUUCAAUCCAGACAAAGCACCUCCUGCAGUCCCUCAUCAACAGCACUAUGCGCUACAGGUUCUCAAUUCACAUCAUGCUCAUACUACGCUUACAAAGACGUCCCCGCUGAUUGAUCGCUGUCACAUUAAUUCCACGUCUUCUGUAGGAGCAGCUGUAUGUGUGAAACGAACAGCAGCCAACCCAAAAGUGAGGCAUUGCACAAUCACCGAUUGUGAAAACGUCGGUAUCUAUAUAACGGAUGGAGCUCAAGGACAAUUCGAAGACUGUGAAAUUGCCAGGAAUUCGUUAGCCGGGGUCUGGGUGAAGAAUCAAGCGAAUCCAUUCUUCAGAAGGUGUCACAUUCAUCAUGGAAAAGAUGUCGGAGUAUUCACAUUCGAAUAUGGCAUGGGUUACUUCGAAAAAUGUAACAUUCAUUCGAAUCGUAUCUCCGGCAUUGAGGUCAAGAAUAACGCUAAUCCAACCGUUGUACAUUGCGAGGUUCAUCAUGGUCUAACCGGUGGAAUCUACAUUCAUGAGAAAGGACGUGGAAGGUUCAUGGAAAAUCGUAUAUACUCAAAUGCUUUCGCUGGCAUCUGGAUCACGGGCAGUUCGGAUCCUACUAUUCGAAAAAACGAAAUUUAUGCUGGACAACAAGGAGGCGUGUAUAUCUUCGGUGACGGCCGGGGUCUUAUUGAACAUAACAACAUUUAUGGGAAUGCACUGGCCGGUAUUCAAAUACGAACAUGCAGUGAUCCGAUUGUGCGAUUAAAUAAAAUACAUGAUGGAUUGCAUGGUGGAAUUUAUGUGCACGAGAAGGGAAAGGGUCUCAUUGAAGAGAAUGAGGUUUAUGGUAACACCCUUGCUGGUAUCUGGGUUACGACAGGUUCUUCCCCUAUUUUGAGAAAGAACAGAAUCCAUUCUGGAAAACAGGUAUGGCAACGAUUAUUCUACUUUACAGAAUGUCGGCGUUUACUUCUACGACAAUGGGCACGUAAUUCGGCUGGUUUUUUAGUGACAGUUUUAAAAAUUGGUGUUUUCAGAACCGGUUCAAAUCCAAAAAUUACGAGAAACCGUAUUUGGGGUGGUCAAAAUGGCGGUGUAUUGGUUUACAACGGCGGUUUAGGGAUGUUGGAAGAUAACGAAAUUUUCGAUAAUGCUAUGGCUGGCGUUUGGAUUAAGACAGACAGUCAUCCCACACUUCGAAGAAACAAAAUUUACGAUGGACGCGAUGGCGGAGUUUGCAUUUUCAACAAUGGAAGAGGCCUGCUUGAAGACAACGAUAUUUAUCGCAAUGCGCAAGCAGGAGUGCUGAUAUCGACCGAGUCAAAUCCUACACUUCGUCGAAAUCGAAUUUUCGAGGGAAAAGCUGCUGGAGUAGAAAUUACAAAUGGCGCAUCAGCAACCUUGGAAGCGAAUCAGCUUUUCCACAACAAAUUUGGAGGGCUGUGCCUUGCUACUGAUGUAAAACCCGUGUUACGCGACAACAAAAUCUACGACAAUCAUAACGCGGUAGAGCGAGCUGUAGGCCGAGGCCAGUGUCUAUUCAAGAUUAGCAGCUGCACGUCGUUCCCGAUGCACGACUUCUACCGAUGUGUCAGCUGCAAUACCACUGAUCGCAAUGCGAUCUGUAUCAACUGUAUCAAAAAUUGUCAUCGUGGGCAUACCGUUGAAUUCGUUCGUCAUGAUCGAUUCUUCUGUGAUUGUGGAGCUGGCACAUUGGAGCACCAGUGUCGUCUGCAAACAGAAGUGCGGGACAACGACACCGUUUACGAUUCAGCAACGCCCACUGGCUCGGACACGCCCAAUAUGUUGUGA